AUGAAUCCGCAAAACCCAACCAAGCAAUUUGUGCCAAUUGCCACAACCAACGAAGAUCAAGAACUCUUCGCCAGAAUGCUCAAACAAAAGGAAUUUGAUGCAGCUCAACAACCACAAUCAACUGAACAUCUUCCUAACAAGGUUCUCCCUCCACCAACUGCUCUUCCAUAUGCAUCUUCUUUAAAUAGAGAUUACGAUCAGUCAAUUGCUGACAUGUUAAAAAAUCGUAGAAAAUCCCUUUCAGAACAAGAGAAACAAACUUACAAGGAUGCAAGAGAACCACAAUUGAAGGGAAAACACAACUUUAAGAUUUUGAAAACUUUCAGUUGGGAAUGGAUUUUAAUUUUGUGUGGAAUGCUUUCUUCAGCUGUUUAUGGUGUCAUGCCUUUGGUGUUUUAUUUGAUUUUUGGUACCUUUGUUGAUGAUGCUAUUGAUUAUGCCAAGUUGGAUAUUUCUGCUCAGGAAUUCUUUCUCUCACAAAUGUUCAUGAAUAUUGCAGGUGACCGUUUAGCCAUUCGUUUAAGAAGAACCUAUUUCAAUGCACUAAUCUCACAAGAAAUGGGAUUUUUCGACAUCAAGUCAUCUGGUGCAUUAACUGCUCCAAUCUUUGAAGAUGUAGCCAAGAUUCAAGAUGCCUACACUAUGAAACUCAGUUUAGUUUGCACUCACGUUGCAACUGCCAUUGCAGGAGUUAUCAUGGCUCUGACAACCAAUUGGAAAAUGACAUUGAUUUUGAUUAGUUGCAGUCCACUCGUUGUGAUUGUCAUUGUCAUUUGUACCAAGUGUAUUGAAGUUUUCACAAAUAGAAUUAAUAAUGCAGUGAUGAGAGCUGCUGGUGUUGCUGGUGAAGUUUCUAGCUCAAUCAAGACAAUUCGUUCAAUGGCCGGAGAUAGACGUGAGAAGGCACGUUUUGGUAAGGCACUUGCUGGAGCUCCAUUCUCAAUUAUUGGAAAGGGAGUUUCUCAAGGUAUUGCUAUGGGUAAUUCUUAUAUGGUUAUCAAUGGUUUCUUUGCUUUGACUUUUUGGUAUGGAGGUUCUAUUGUCAUUGAUGGUGAUGCAACUCUUGGUGAAAUGGUCAAAGUCUUUGGUAUUAUGGCAAACGCCAGUCAACAAGCUCUCUUGAAGGUCAUUUUGAGAGAACCAGAAAUUACUGAACCACUCAAUGGUAAAAAGGUUGACGAUCUCAGAGGUGAAAUUACAGUUGAAGGAAUUGAAUUUGCUUAUCCAUCUCGUCCACACUUGACCAUUUUGAAAGACUUUAAUUUGAAGAUUAAGGCAGGUAGCUCCGUUGCUUUGGUUGGUGGUUCAGGAUCUGGUAAAUCAACAAUUAUUGGUCUUAUGGAAAGAUUCUAUGCUCCUCAAAAAGGUAGAGUUCUCUUGGAUGGUGUGGAUAUUAAAGAAUUGGACACUGAAUGGCUCCAUCAAGUUAUUGGUAUCGUCACUCAGGAACCAACUCUAUUCCAAGGAACUAUUAAGGAAAAUAUUGCCUACUCAAUUGGUGGAUUGACUGGAAGUAAGAAAGAUGCCAAGCAAAGUCAAAUUGAAGAAGCUGCCAAAGCUGCCAAUGCACACAACUUUAUUAUGGAACUUCCUAAUGGAUACAAUACAAGAUUGGGAGAAAAGGGUGUUUCCUUAUCUGGUGGUCAAAAGCAAAGAAUUGCUAUUGCCAGAGCUAUUUUACAAAAUCCACAAAUUCUCCUUUUGGACGAAGCUACUUCUGCUCUCGAUGCUGAAUCUGAAGGCCUAGUUCAAGAAGCCCUCGAUCGUUUAAUGAAGGGAAGAACAACCAUUUGUGUAGCUCACAGAUUGGCAACCAUUAAGAAUUCAGAUGAAAUUUGUGUCAUGGAUCAUGGUGUCAUUAGAGAACGUGGUUCUCAUGAAGAAUUGAUUAGAAAUCCAAAUGGCAUUUAUAGAUCACUUGCUGCCAAACAAAGUAUGGUUUAA